AUGGACAACAUUAACGAGACAUUUGUGAGAGAAUUCAUUCUUCUGGGUCUCUCUGGGUACCCGAAGCUUGAGGUCAUCUUCUUUGUUCUGAUUCUAGUGAUGUAUCUAGUGAUUCUAAUUGGCAACGGUGUUCUCAUCAUGGCAAGCAUCUUUGAUUCCCGUCUGCACACUCCCAUGUACUUCUUCCUGGGCAACCUCUCUUUCCUGGAUAUCUGCUACACAUCCUCCUCUGUCCCCUCAACACUGGUGAGCUUAAUCUCAAAGAAAAGAAACAUUUCCUUCUCUGGAUGUGCAGUGCAGAUGUUCCUUGGAUUUGCAAUGGGGUCAACAGAGUGUUUGCUCCUUGGCAUGAUGGCUUUUGAUCGCUAUGUGGCCAUCUGUAACCCUCUGAGAUACUCCAUCAUCAUGAGUAAGUUGGUGUAUGUCUUGAUGGCUUCUGUUUCUUGGCUUUCAGGUGCAGUCAACUCAAUCGUGCAAACAGUUCUUACCAUGCAGUUGCCUUUCUGUGGAAAUAACAUUAUUAAUCAUUUCUUAUGUGAAAUAUUAGCUGUCUUAAAAUUAGCUUGUGCUGAUAUCUCUCUCAACAUUACUACCCUAGCAGUAUCAAAUAUGGCCUUCCUGGUUCUUCCACUUCUGGUCAUUUUUUUCUCCUACAUGUUCAUCCUUUAUACGAUCUUAAGAAUGAACUCAGCCACAGGAAGGCUCAAGGCCUUUUCCACCUGCUCAGCACAUCUGACUGUGGUGAUCAUAUUCUAUGGUACCAUCUUCUUCAUGUAUGCAAAACCCAAGUCCCAAGAUGUGCUUGGGGAAAAUAAGAUGCAAGCUUCAGAGGGGCUUAUGUCUGUGUUUUAUGGGGUAGUAACCCCCAUGUUGAAUCCCAUAAUUUACAGCUUAAGAAAUAAGGAUGUAAAAGCUGCUGUGAAAUAUUUGCUGAGUCGAAAAGUUUUUAAAAAUAAGACCAAAAGAAAAAUGUGGAACUUCAUGUAUAAAAAAUAG